GUUUGGACCAAGAGGAGUCGGAACAUCUGCAGAUAAAAGAAGAGCGUCAAAAGCCAGAACAUCCCUGGACAAAAGAGGAAACCAUGGAGCUCCCCAUAAGUGAGCAGCAAGAGCAGCUUGUUCUGAAGCACAAGAUUAAAGAUACAAGAGAGAAACCUUUCCCAUGUUUGACAUUUGGGGAAAGCCUUCUUAAAAAAGAGAAUUUAAUGGUUCACAAGAGAACUCACACAUGUCAGAAGUUUUAUUGUCUGUCCUGUGGAAAAUCUUUCAGAAAGAAAUCUAGUCUGGAUACACAUAUGAUAAAUCACACAGCUGAGAAGCCUUUUGAAUGUCAGAAAUCUCAUCUUGAUAAACAAAUCGGAAUUCACACUGGUGAGAAGCCUUUUGAAUGUCUGUCCUGUGGAAAAAGCUUCACUAACAAAUUUAAUCUUGAUAAACACAUCAGAAUUCACACUGGUGAGAAGCCUUUUUCCUGCACUAUUUGUAACAACAAAUUUAAUCAAAAGAGUCAUUUGAUUUCUCACAUGAGAAUUCACACUGGUGAGAAGCCUUUUGAAUGUCUGUCCUGUGGAAAAAGCUUCCCUAACAAAUAUUGUCUUGAUACACACAUCAGAAUUCACACUGGUGAAAAACCUUUUUUCUGUACCAUUUGUAGCAAGAAUUUUACUGAAAAGGGUAGUUUGACUUCUCACAUGAGAAUUCACACUGGUGUGAAGCCUUUUCAAUGUCUGUCCUGUGGAAAAAGCUUCACUCAGAAAUCUGAUCUUAAUAAACACAUCAGAAUUCACACAGGUGAAAAACCUUUUUUCUGUACCAUUUGUAACAAGAAUUUUACUGGAAAAGGUAGUUUGACUUCUCACAUGAGAAUUCACACAGGUGUGAAGCCUUUUGAAUGUCUGUCCUGUGGGAAACGCUUCACUAACAAAUCUAAUCUUGAUGCACAUAUCAGAAUUCACACUGGUGUGAAGCCUUUUGAAUGUCGGUCCUGUGGGAAAUGUUUCACUAAGAAAUCUCAUCUUGAUACACAUAUCAGAAUUCACACUGGUGUGAAGCCUUUUGAAUGUCUGUCCUGUGGGAAACGCUUCACUAACAAAGUACAUCUUGAUAGACAUAUCAGAAUUCACAGUGGUGUGAAGCCUUUUUCCUGUACCAUUUGUAACAAUACAUUUAAUCGAAAGAGUAGUUUGACUACUCACAUGAGAAACCACACAGGUGUGAAGCCUUUUGAAUGUCUGUCCUGUAGAAAAAGCUUCACUAACAAAUCUCAUCUUGAUAGACACAUCAGAAUUCACAGUGGUGAGAAGCCUUUUUCCUGUACCAUUUGUAACAAUAAAUUUACUCAAAAGAGUAAUUUGACUUCUCACAUGAGAACUCACACAGGUGAGAAGCCUUUUGAAUGUCUGUCCUGUGGAAAAAGCUUCACUAAGAAAUCACAUCUUGAUAGACACAUCAGAAUUCACACUGGUGAGAAGCCUUUUUCCUGUACCAUUUGUAACAAUAAAUUUACUCAAAAGGGUAGUUUGACUUCUCACAUGAGAAUUCACACUGGUGAGAAGCCUUUUGAAUAAGUCAUUGCAGUUAGAUGCCACAGGAAUGAACAGUAGAGGUGUUUACCAUGUUUGACUGGUGAUAAAAUGUCCAUCUAGAAACUCCUUCACCUCAUUACAUGAGAAACUCACGGGUUAAUGUCUUUUUUGAGGCAAGUUUUGAGAUUAAUUAACAACUGUGUUUACAUAGAAACCAGAACUGAUAAGGUGUUAUAUAGUAAAUCUGGUAAAUACUCAGGUCCUGGGUGAAUAUUUGGAAGUGAACAUUUGAAAGUGAAUUAUUUUGGAACUGAGUAAAUUAGAAUUAAAUGGCCAAAAAGUUUUGCCCUAACAAAAAAAAAAAAAAAAAGUUAUGAUUUCUUAAUUUUUCUCUAAUGAGGAGAAUAAACAUAAUAAAGUGCAAUGAAAACAUCUUGCAUACAGAUUAAGCACGUUUGCUGUCCAUAGAACAAGCAAUUGAUAAGUUAUAGAUGUCUAAAUUGAAAAAAAAAAAAAUCAAGGCAGACCCAUACUGUGCAAUGUUGGCAUGGUGUUGCACAUCUUUUU